CGGAGUUUUUAUUAUAUCGGAAUUGUAUCGUUCCGAAUAAACUUUUUUCUCCUGAAGAAAACGAGUAAUGCUGUCGUGACGUUCGUGGAAUAGGAUUGUGUUGCAAAGAAGAUAAUAUUUGCAACGAUUACUUUUUCCGUUCUUUCAAGAAACGAGAGCAUUUUGCAUCGAACUACUACUAUAGCCAUUUUUGUAGUUCUAUACUAACAAUUGUGCCUCUUGUGAUCCGCAAUGGCGGAGACAAAUGGGGCCGCAAAUAUAAAUACGAAAAACGACAAUUUUAUUUGCGGUGUUGUCGAAGGAUUUUAUGGGCGGCCUUGGACCACAGAACAAAGAAAGGAUUUAUUUCAAAAAUUAAAAAAAUGGGGAAUGGAUUCAUAUUUAUAUGCUCCAAAAGAUGAUUAUAAGCAUCGUGCAUAUUGGAGAGAUUUAUAUACAGUAGAAGAAGCUGAACAUUUAACAGGAUUAAUAACAGCUGCAAGAGAAUGUGGCAUUACAUUUUAUUAUGCAUUAUCACCAGGCUUAGAUAUCACAUAUUCAAGUGUAAAAGAAGUUACUGUAUUAAAAAGGAAAUUAGAACAAGUUAGUCAAUUUGGUUGUACUGCAUUUGCAUUAUUAUUUGAUGAUAUAGAACCAGAAAUGAGUGAAGCAGAUAAAGAAGUAUUUCAAUCUUUUGCUCAUGCACAAGUUUCUGUUACAAAUGAUAUUUUCCAUCAUCUUGGUCAACCCAGAUUUCUAUUGUGUCCAACACAAUAUUGUGCAACUAGAGCAAUGCCAAAUGUAGCAUCAUCAGAAUAUUUAAAUACACUUGGUAGUAAAUUAGCUCAAGAAAUUGAUAUAAUGUGGACUGGUCCUAAAGUAAUAUCUAGACUUCUAACUGUUGAAUCUAUUGAAGAAAUUACAGAAGUUUUGAGAAGGCCACCAGUUAUAUGGGAUAAUUUACAUGCUAAUGAUUAUGAUCAGAAGCGUGUAUUUUUAGGACCAUAUUCUGGUAGAUCUCCUGAUUUAAUACCUAAACUGAGAGGUGUUUUAACUAAUCCUAAUUGUGAAUAUGGAGCAAAUUUUAUAGCAAUUCACACAUUAGCUCAAUGGAGUAGAUGUAAUGUUGAUGGCAAAAGAGAUUUAAGCUUAAAUGAUACUGUAUCAGCUGAUAUAAAAUUAGAGACUGAAACGGAAGAUGGAGUGCUUGGUGAAGAUGUUCCUUCAACAAUGUCUCCGAAUAUAUAUCAUCCUCGACAUGCUUUGAAAAAUGCCAUUAACGAUUGGUUAGUGGAAUUUAACAAAAAACGAAACGCAUGGGGUGUUAUAGCAAAACCACAACCAUGCGUUGCUCCAACAAUACCAAUCCCAAUAAUUCCAUCUGUGAAUACAUGUAUGAGUCUUACGUCAACGACGACUACUACUACCGUCCCCGCAACGCCUACUCCAGUAAAUAAUUCCAAUCAUCUUCAAGCAUUGGCUGAAGUUUGCUCAAAUGUAACAACCACUGAUAAUUAUGUGCCACCUCCCGCUGGUCCUGUCAUGAAUUCUUUGGUAUCUGAAACAACUGUUGUUAGUGAACCUAUUAUUCCAUCAAUUUCUACUAUUGUGGAAAAUGUACCAAAUUCAAAUACUUUAUCAUCCAUGGAACCAAUGGAUUGUAACACAACACCUAAUAAUUCCCCAGCACAUGCAGUUAAAAUUCAAACAGAGGAUGAUGUUAUGGUAGAAAAUACUUCUACAUGUAGUGAAGCAUCUGGUAGUAUGCAAGUAGAAGUAGAUAGCAUCUCUCCUGUUGUAAAUGGUACUCAAAUGAUUGUUGAAAAUGAUAACGAAAAUCAUGACAACGGCGAUAAUAUAGAUCAAGAAUCACAGGAUUCGAUUGAUGUCGAUAAGCGAUUAACGCAAGAAGAUCUAUCACUUUUAUGUGAUCUUUUUUAUUUGCCAUUUGAACAUGGUGGUCAGGGUAUUCAAUUAUUGCAAGAGUUUAAUUGGUUAAAAAGUAAUGCUCAUGUCGUCAUGAGAAAAUCAAAAGAGGAUCAAACUGCAUCUGAAUCUGAUAUUGAAGAAUGGCAUACACGGGCAGCUAAGUUAAAUGAUAUGUGCAAUGCUGUAAAUAGAUUAUUUCAAAGACUUACACAUUGUAAUAAUCGUGAGUUGUUAUAUGAUCUAUAUUCAUAUGUGUGGGACAUGCGAGGAGUCGUGUCUCUCUUAAACAGUUAUGUGAAAUGGUUGGCGUUUGGCAGAUUCCCGUCGACGAUGACAACGUUUACCCAGGGAAGCUACACAUGGUUCUCGAAUGGCUGGAAAGAAACUUUUAUGAGUGGAGAUCAAGAGCCAUGGGUAUUCCGUGGAGGACUUACGGCUGAUCUGCAGAGGUUAAUUCCAGUAGACAGUGGAAAUGACUUAUUUGUUUAUAAAGCACCAGAAGUGCCCAGUAGUAAAAUCUAUACAAUUAGGCCUUACUUAGCAAGUGACGAAGAUGCAGUUUAUGCCGUGUGCAAUAAAAUUUGUAAUUGUGUAACGUCUUCUGCUAUUGCAGAUCGAUUAGUUGGAGGUUUCCUAACUUUAAGUCCAGAGCUGUGUAUGGUAGUUGAAGAUGAAAGUGGAAUAGUAGGUUAUGCAUUGGCUGCCUUAAAUGUAAAGUCUUAUUAUCAAAAAUUAGCAGUUUCUUGGAUUCCUGAGUUGAGAAUGAAAUACCCUUUAGAUGACAAUAUUAAUGACUUGUCACAAAAUGUUCAGGAUGCCAUACGUUAUUUCCAUUCAUUUGUUCCGGAUGUGUCUGAUCAAUUAUGUAGACAACAUCCAUCAAAAUUAUUGUGCGCUGUGUUACCAAGUGUAACAGAUCAAUCUGUCCCUAAAAGAUUAAUUACAUGUAUUCUUGCGGCUCUAAGAGCAAAUGGUUCAUUUGGUGUGCAUACAACAAUGUCAUGCACUGACAAAGAAUCUCAUGAAUUUUAUAGUAAACUCGGAUUCGUUGAUUUAAAUCCAGCACAUGAAGAACAUCCUGGAAUCAAAACCAUGUGUAGAAGUUUCUAACAAAGAGUGAGUACACCAGUGAUAUUUGUGAAUAAAGUGUAUCUGCUUGGACCAUCUUUGAAGAAAGAUUCUACGAUUUUGAAACAAAGUUUCGAAAUGUAAUAUAGAAAUGUAUUUAUUAUUAUCUAACAAUUUGGUAAAGCUUUCUGUCUUUGUGAGUUUUCGUACAAUGGACAGAAUUCGAUAAAAAUACAUUCUUAGGAAUAAAAAAGAAUAAUACAGACAGAUUUUAUAUUAUGCAACUUUUAAUAACUCGUAAUUCUUUUUUGAAAAUUGUCUUACGAGAUAUCUGUCUUUUUAAACCGUAAACAAAAGAAAAUAAAAUUCAUUCAAAUGUGUUUAAUAUGCACAUGCAAUAUAUAUACAACAAAAUAUAUGUUGUAUUGAGUGGGGAGAAUAUGAAAAAGAAAGUGUAAAAUGUGCAAUAGUAAACUUUAAAUGAGAUAAACAAGAAUCAAAUAGUAAAGGAGAAUAUGUUAAUUUUAUAUUUAUGUUGUACAUCGCUAUGAGAUUUCAGUAUAUCCAGUAUGCUUGUAUGUUAAUAGGAAAUUUUUUUUAAAGUUUGAAGAAUGUAUAUAUGUGAUGAAUGAUGAACGAUGAAAAAAAAAGAAAAUACCAGUAUGUGUGUUCAAUUAAUGAAUUAAUCGAAGCUUUUUAAUCCAUUGAAAAAUAUUUUCUUAUAAAAACUACACAUGCAAAUGGCGAAAAAAAACUAUAAGUCAAAGAUAGAAAAACUUCGAUCGGUUCGCUUUUACUGAAACGCUAUAAAAAAAAAUAAAACUAGUUUUAACAUUGGAUUCGCGUUUCUAAGAAAAUCACCUAAUCUAUAGGUAUUGUACUGCCCAAUUACAAAAUAUUCUCUUCGAAGAUGUACAUAAUUAAUAUUUAAUAUGCCUAUUGCGAGGCCUUUUUAUGUUUAAUAUAUCCAUCCUAAUUAAUGUUAUUCUUGUUUAUAUGGAUGUCGAUAUAAUUAAUAAUUCCUAAUUGGCUCUACAAUCGUAUUAUAUAAUACGCAUGUAUGUCACGAAACAUGUGAUAUAUAUAUAUAUAGAAUUAUUUAGAAAAUUGAAUGAAUGAUUAUUUCAUUAGUGCUCACACGUCCGAAAACAACUAAUUAUUUACUAAUCUAAUUUUAUCACAUUCGAAACGUACAUGUUAUGUUUUAUAUUGUUGCUUACUUUAUUAUUAAUGAUAAUAAGUUUCUAUUCUAUUGCAAAUAAUCGAUUCAUUUAUAAAUACACAAAAAUUAUUUAUAUUCAGAAGAAAACGGAUAUAUAAUGUGUAUUCAACACUAACAAUUAGUAAUAAUGAUUAAGUCUUUACAUUAUUAGUUAUAAAUUAACAAGCUAGUUGUUUGUAUCGCAUUGUAUGCAUCAAUGUAUCAAAUGUACAGAGUCAAAAUAGAAAAUAAUUACCGAAUAAGGUAAAUUUACAAAUAGAUACAUAACGCGAAAAAAAAUUUAAAUAAAUAUAAAGAUCUUAGAUAUUUGCCUUAUAAUUACUAUUAAUCACAAUACUAUUGCAAAACAAUAUCAUGGAUUAAGAAUGUCAUUUUUUCGAUUUUAAAUAUGGAAUGAAUCAUAUAUUCAGUGUCAUAUACAAGAAAGAAAAAAAAAGUUUCGAACAUGAAAAUUAUUCUCUUCUUGAAAAAUAGAAUAAUUAUCUAUUUUAAUUCGGAUUAUUCAAUUUGUAAAAUUUUUAUAUUCGCUAUAUAUUUUUGCGAUGAUCUUACAUUAAAAAACAACAAAGAAAAAAGGGUUGUGUAGACGGGAAGGCUGGAAAGUAAAAAUGUUUUAUAUAUUUUGUUACUUUCUUUUUUUUAUUUUUAUAUAUAGUUAUAUUAUGAUUUAUUAAUUAUAUGUACGUAUUUUUUGCCACACAAAAUAUGUUAAUGCACAUUUUACAUAAAGAUUCUAUAUUUAAUACAAAUCAUUUUUCGAAUGCAUAACUUUUUUAUAAUAGACAACUUUUAAUACGUGUUUUCUUUUUUUGAUACUUUUUAAACACUAAAAAAAAACGAUGUGCGUACAAUAAUAUUUCCAGUUAUCUCGUCGUGUAUUAAGUACUGAAUGUGUAAUUAAUAUUAUUGAAACGAUAUGUGAUUACUAUUGAUUUAUUUAAAUAAACAUGUCAAGACUGAUACUCCUGGUGUAAUCAGAAAGAGAUCGGUAUUGAUAUCAUUGCAAUUUUAAUUUUGCGAUGAUACUUUAUGUGGUACAUUGAUUUCAUUGUAUUUUCGCAAAUUCUGAAUUUCAUUUUG